UAGGAAAUGCCCAUCAGCGAAAUGGCAUGAAAAGGGAACACCUCCCCGAAAUUUUUAUCCAUUCUUAUUUAUUUCAAAAGUAACUGCUGAACUAAUAAAAUGGUAUUACAAAGACUCCAGUGUAGCAUGGGAAUAUUAGAUGAGUCAAGUCUGGAAACUCUCUUAAAGAAGUAGCAAGAGUGUUGGUGCUACCCAUGUCUGCUAAUUCCUUCAACAUCACUGAUUCCAAUCUUAUGAUUUCAAGCGAGCAAAGAUGGACCAAGAAAGAAAUUUCAGAACACAUUAUUAUGAAAAGGUUGGAUUUAGAGCAGUUGAAGAAAAGAAAUCUAUAGAAAUAUUAUUAAAAGACCAGCCAAUCAAAAGGGAAAAGCUAAUUCAAUUUUGUCUUCGUUAUGGUGUGCCUGCCAUGUACAGAAUUUAUAUCUGGAAACUAAUACUGGCAGGAAUUUUGCCUUUGAAUCAAAGUAUUCAAGACUAUGUUUGGCAACAUAGACAAGAACAUGUGAGAGAACUGGAAAGAGCAGCAACUCUGUUAGUUCCAGAAAGCAAUGCUUUCUCUCUGGAACAAAAAAUAUUAGGAUUGAAAUUAAUAGAUGAAGGUUGUCUCCCUCUAAACAAAACAUUUUUGGUGACGGAUUCAAGUGAUUCCAAAUUUGUCUCUAUAGUUCAAGCAACAAGUAGUUUUGUCAGUUCAGAUGUGGAUUUGUUCUGGAUCUCUACCAAAUUUUAUAAACAUAGCCAGGAGCUCUUUGUUUCUAAUUUGGUACAAUAUCAGCCAGAUGACAUAAUACAAUGUUUAAAGAAAGAAGAUGUGAAACUCUAUCAACAUUUGUCUCACCAUCAACUGAUGAAGUCUCUGCCUAUUAUGGAAUGGUUAUCUACCUGCUAUGCUAAUGUUUUACCAGAAAAUGCACUCGAAAGAAUUUGGGAUCGUGUCAUUGGUGGAUCGAGUGCAGUAUUAAUCUAUGUGGCUGUUUCUAUUUUUCUUAUCCUCCGACGACCAUUGUUAGCUUUGCAGUCAGCUAGUCACAUGGUCAACUAUUUGAGCAAGAUUCCUGAAGAUUGUGGAGACAGAAUUGUGAAUGAAACAUUAGAACUUCUACAUAAAUAUGCUGUCCAGUUUCCAGUUCAAUCAGAAUCACCAUCCAGUGAUAGCGGAAGAAAAGUUUUGAAACACUGCGCAUAGAAAUUGUGAUUAUUAAGACUACCAGUAUACCAAGGGAUGUAGACAAUCUAUGUCUAGAAGUAGCAAGCAAAUAAAAUUGUAGUAGUCAAAGUUACUAUUAAAAUAAGUAUGGCAUCUUUAUUAACUCAGGUCUUGGUCUGCAUGUUGACAUUUGAAUACAGAAAGUAAUAUUGUCUCACUUUGUUAUAGCUGGUACUCAAAAAAAAAAAAAAAAAAAAAAAAAGUAACUGCGUAAUUGGUGUGGAAUUAGGUUUAAAAUAUUAAUUAGCCUAGUUAUUGGAAGAGGAUUGGAGAAAGAGUGAGAGUAAGUUCUGUACAUAGUGUCAUAUGUUCAGUUUCUGUAUUGUUGCUCAUAACAUGUUUCUUACUGUUGAAGAAAAAAUAUGAUUUCAAACAGAAAAUUGUUGUUGUUUGUAUCUGCACCUAUAUUGUUAUCUUAGUUAUGCUGAAACUGUACUUAAAACUCUAUUUGUUUGAACUAAUAAAAUUAUGUA